AAUCCCAUUACCCUUCUUUCAAAAGAAAAAGGCAGCUUAGUGGCUUAUCAGUUUAUCACUCCCCUCUCUCUCUCUCAUAUCUUUAUCUUACACACUAACAAUAGUAUCAAAUGCAUGAGCAUGUAAUUAACCCAGAGAAAACCCUAGCUCGGCCAAACAUGCAAGAACCCUACCUCCCCCCCACCCCCUCCACCACAGCACCUCCCCCCUGCGCCGAUCACUCGGCGGCUCCCCUCGACUACGAUGUGGCCGUUAUCCUGGCUGCCAUGAUCUGCGCCCUCGUCUGCGCCCUCGGCCUCAAAUCCACUCUCCGCUGUGCCGUCCGCUGCGCCCUCGCCAGCCCCGCCGCCCGCUGCGGCCGCCGCGCCGCCCGCGGCCUCAAGCGCGAGCACGUCGCCGCCCUCCCCAUCGCCACCUACGCCGCUCCGGCCCCGCCGGCGGGGUGCGCCAUAUGCUUGUCGGACUUUGCGGAUGGUGAACGGGUCCGGGUGCUGCCGGGGUGCGGCCACCAGUUCCACGUCGCGUGCGUUGACCGCUGGCUCGCGUCGCGCAGCUCGUGCCCGACAUGCCGCCGAUGCCUCUUGCCACCACCGUUAUCAUCCGAAGGCAGCGUCGCCGAGGGCUGUUCUCUGGAUGUACUGGCGUACUGACUUCUACUUCUCGAGCGAGAAUUUGAUCUUUAGGUUUUCUUUUUCUGGGUAUGUACGUGUACUUUCUAGCAUGGUGAUCAGUGCAUGUUUAUGUGGCUCUAGCUGAUGUAAAUUAUUAAUAUCAUGCUCUCUUAGUCUAA